CCCAUCGAAAUGCUCCCUCCCCCUCUACCUUCGCGAAGUUUCCCGAACCGCCCGGUAAUUUCCGGAAAUAACAGUGAAACAAACUGAUAGCUGAAUAUCUUUUAACCAGCUCGGGAAACUUCAGUAUUUGGCUAACGUUGCCUAUAUUUGGCUAGCAACCACUAGCUAACGUUAAAUUUGAUAUCCAAUUUAGUCACAUUUUGGACAGUGCUUUACUAUGUCUGUACUGUGUUACAAUAAAGGUUGCGGACAACGCUUUGACCCAGACAAAAACGCAGAUGAUUCUUGUACGUACCACCCUGGGGUUCCUGUCUUUCAUGAUGCACUAAAGGGUUGGUCUUGUUGUAAAAGACGAACGACUGACUUCUCUGAUUUCUUAAGCAUUCCUGGAUGUACGAAGGGCCCACACAAUAAAGAGAAACCUCCUGAACCUGUGAAACCAGAUGUUAAGACGUCUGGUGAGAAGAAAGAACUAGAGGACCUGAAACAAAAGUUCAAUGAGUAUGUUAUACAAGGACCAAAACCCAUGGAGUCAAUUCAGCGACCAAGUGCCGAUGAGCCCAUUAUUAGGCUACAGCAAGAGGUCUCCCCCUCUCUGAAGCAGUCAUUGGAAAAACUGAAGCUAUCAGAAGUCAAUGAACCGGAGAAGAAAGAGGAAGAGAGUGAUGAAGUGAAGAUCGGGACAUUGUGUAAAAAUGGUGGCUGUUCAAAGACUUUCAAUGGACCAGGAAGCAAUGAGGAGUCAUGUAUGUAUCAUGCAGGAUUUCCAAUUUUCCAUGAAGGGAUGAAGUACUGGAGCUGCUGCAAGAGGAAAACCUCAGAUUUCAACACCUUUCUGUCCCAAGAGGGCUGUUCAAGAGGAACACACCUAUGGAAGAAAGAGGAUACAGGGAAGAAGAUUGUGCCCUGUAGGUUUGACUGGCACCAGACAGGCAGCCAAGUCACGAUCUCGGUCUAUGCCAAAAACUCCAUUCCAGAGUUGAGCUUUGUGGAGGGGAAUAGCACAAAGCUCUAUAUCCAUGUCCUAUUUGAAGGUGAAAAGGAAUUUAAGCACAACAUCACUUUGUGGGGUGUCAUCGAUGCGAACAAGAGCGUCAUGAACAUGACGGCGACGAAGAUUGAGAUCGCCAUGAAGAAAGCCGAGCCCAUGAAAUGGGCCAGGCUGGAUCUACCUCCUGAGAAACCUCAGCCUGCAGAGACGAAGGAGAACGCAGACCUAGACGACCCUGAUGAUUAACUAACUCAUACACCCACGCGUACUGAGACCAGUGUCAGGGACAAACUGCAUACUGAGGUGACCAGGUCAUUUCAACGUACUGUAGAGAAGCCGCAUCCUAUUUUUUUCUAAUACUCUGUACUGUAUCCUCUGAAAGAUUUGAACCAUCGGUUACCUCUGAAUACCUGAGACCGAAUCAGAGCCAGCAGGUUACCAUACCUUUAAAUCCAGAAAGCGGGCUUCUGAGAAACAUGAGUGGUGGUUCAAAUUUACAUUAGCCUCCAGGUAUUUCAAAAUCUAUUUCGUUUUCAUCCUUUACCUCCACAGUGUACUAUGAAAACUGAAAUGCUAUUUUCUAUGUACUUUCUUUUGUUUUCCGUACUACUGGCAUUCCACUGUACAGAAUAUACAUGUAUAGCUACGCAAAAAAUUAAGGAGAUUUUAACUUUCUCAAAGGUGGGUUCUCUCUACGUUAUCUUUUUAUUCAAUAUUUUGUGGUUUGCCAGCCUCAUCCAUCCCCUCCUCAACCAAAUAUUCAUUUCCAAGCAUGUAUUCAAACUGCCCAAAUCUUGAUAUGACGGUGUAUGUUAUCCAAUUCAGUUAGUGUUAACCAGUGGGAAUGCAAAUCUGGUUAGACUAGGUGCAUGUUUUUCAUGACUUGAUUGUACAGUAUACAGUAGACCUUUUGUAUUAUAAAGGCUAUUGGUAUACUGAAUGCACUUUGAUUUGUAUUGUGCUGUAUUGAGAAGCAUGAGGAGAAAUAAAAUGAAUGGCAGCACAGAUGAACCUGCUUAAUAUCCACUUGCUUAGCAUCUUUUUGAAACCACUGGUAACAGUUUGUCAAAUUAACCCAGUUAUUACAAUAUUGCAUACAAAUAUCCACAGAUUUUGUCUGAACGGCACUGGGAAUAUUAAAAGCUUUCAACUAUUUUAAUUCCCACAGUGAAUAUGUGGAAUUUAACUGCAUAAGUGUAUCUGUUUUUCUUUCUUUUUCAAAGUGUACCAAUAUUGAAGUGGUUGUGCCCCUUUUCUCUGUUGUGUUUCACCUUGUGACUGUAAUUGAAGACCCUCAAACUUGAUUUUCUUCACUUUGGUUUUUAAAGCCGAUUCAGAAUGCUUUAUUUUUCCUAAAGCCAAGACAAAUAAAAAUCAUGAAAAGA